AUGCGCCUAACCGGUCUUUACGUGGCUAUUGUUAUGGCUUCUCUUCACGCGAGUGGCUUUGCGGUCUCCACGUCCAACGACGCCGACGCGGCGCUGUCUGAGAACAAGGCGACUUCCAUGAGUGUCUCCUCUCCACGUGCGAAUGGGAAGCGGAGUCUACGUGCCGAGAAGCAAAUUUUGGACGGGUUGGAUGAGGACAGAACACUUCCUGGACCUUUCGCUGAAUCUACUUUGGGCCUCUUUAUCACCCGUGCGACUGAGGAACAAUUUGCAAAACUUGCGAAAGAUCUUGUACACUACAGUCAGAGGCUGGAGGUGUUUGGGGAGGAUGUGGAAGUGGGGAAGAAAUUGUUGGCCUUCCAGGAUAACUUGGCGGUUUAUGUGCGAGGGGGCCUCUUAACAGCGGAGGAGGCUUCCGACUGGUGGAAAACGAUGUUGCUCGUCUGGCGAGAGGUGGGUUUAUCACCACAUGAAGCCAAGGUCUGGAUGAGGGGGGUAAAGUUGUUGAACAAAAAUGGUGUUAUCACACGGGAGCAGCUUAAACAUGCGGAGGAUAGAGCGUUUGGACGGAAGAUUGCGUGGUCGGGAAUAGGAAAGAAGAAGCUGAAGUGGACGCAGUUAGAGGAGUUGAAGAAGCGACAAGCCAAGCUCUAG